UGUCCGAAACAACUAUUAACGAGUUAACAAAUGGUACGCUAUCUUGAAGGAAAUUCGAGCUGACAUGGAGGUUUCAAAGCGCAGGAGCAAAAAGAACAGGAAAACAAAGCAGUUUCUCGUCUUCAAUGAACAGGAUCGGAUUGAGUAUUUGACUGGAUUUCGGAAGAGAAAGAAAGAGAGACAGCAACAUGCUAAGGAUGAAAAGGAAAAGAAACUUAAGGAAAACAUGAAAGCCUUGAAACAACAGAGAAAAGAGCUGAUGAUGAAGAGCCAGAGCUUCACAGGGAGGAAGAAGUCCAAGUUACCAGAUCUGAACAGCAUUGGAGAUGUAGAAACUUCGGUGGUGGAUCUACCUUCUCACACAGUUACUGUGACGGACAUCUCGGAGAUAGAUCUUGCAGGCCACAGUGGACUAAGACUGGGUGUAAACAAGUCUGAAGAUGAUGGAGCGAAAUGUGAUAAUGACAACAUGAGCUUAAGUGAUGAAAAACUGAAGAAAUCUCUAAAGAAACUAAAGAAAAGUUUUUGUGCUCUGUGUCGUCCCGUUCCUGUGGCCAAUGUAACGAAAUCACUUAAACUUUCGUUUCUGGCCUCUCGAAAAUAUUACGGUAGUCUGUUAUAUGGUGGAGCAUUCUAUCGUGCAAUUGAUGACAUCAACAAAGAUGAUAGCCUCCUACCCGGCUAUGUUUUGGAACCCAUGUUUGCCGAUACUCAUUCGGAUAUCCUCGAGACUGUAGAGUAUAUGACCGAACAUAAGACUAAUGGUGCUCUAGGAUUUGUUGGUCCGGAAGGAAACUGUGGUAUAGCGGCCACCAAUGCAGCUGCUUGGAACAUGCCCAUGGUGGUUUAUAGAUGCCAUGAUUCCGAGUUGUCAGAGGACCCUAAUCUUGAAAGAAGAAUUCGCCAGACGUUUUUAAGAACUCAACCCUCUACAUCCAAAGUUUCUAAGUCCAUAGCUUCAUUACUGCUACAUUUUAAUUGGCGAAAGGUCAGUCUCGUUCUGGGUAACCGGACGGUAUGGAAUCAAACAGCAGAAAGUCUGAUCUCACUGACGAGGGACAAUGGUAUUGAGAUCCGCCAACAAGUCCUUUUCCAGGAACCCUAUUCCCCUAGCCUUGAUAUAUCAGAAAUUGUCCGUAGCACGGUGAUGUUAACACGAAUUUACGUCUUUCUGGGUGAUUACCAUGCUCUGAUAGACUUUGUACGGAGUUUGGACAAAGAAACGAAAAAUACCGGUGAUCAUGCAGUUAUAACAGUUCUGGACGAACAGCCCACAUCAAAAUUAAAACACUUUUUAAAAACUCCAUUUGAAAGAGAACUAAGAGAGGAUCAUUGGAUGGCCUUUCGCAAUGUUUUGGUUAUAUCCCCUCGAUCCCCCAGUAACCCGCAUUGGGACAGUUUUAUUGAUGAUGUACGCAUGCGUAACAUGGAUCCGCCUAUUAGUCUGCCACGUCCACCUCCUACGUUGAAAAACAUAACGUUUCAGCAGGUUGUACCGAUUCACGCUGCGCACUUGUAUGAUGCCGUGAUGCUGUUUGCUGGAGCACUCAGUGUCGCCAUUUCGCACAAUGAAAGCAGCUUUGAAGACGGCAGAAACAUUGUCUCAAAAAUUCAGAGAGCUUCAUUUAAAAGCAUCCAAGGAUUUGAUGUUUAUGUGGACAAAACCGGAGAUGCAGAAGGUAACUACUCAGUUUUGACCUUGACAAAGCCAUCCGAGGGUCAACCUUUCCUUGGUUCAGUUGGUUGUUUCUAUAGAAACCCUGGUGACUUUGGAGUGCCGGAGUUUUCCUUAAAUAAGGAGAUUGAAUGGACAUCUGGACAAGUGCCACGAGAUGAACCACCUUGUGGAUUCGAGGAGGAGAAAUGUCAACAUGAACCUGACUGGAAGCUAGCCACCAUAUGCAGUGUGAUCGCGGCGGCUGUCUGCGUUGGAAUGGUGUUUGUCUGCAGGCACUACUUGUAUGAACAAAAGAUAGCUCGACUGCUGUGGAAACUUGAAUACAAAGACUUGAUGUUUGUAGACAAUGUCGAGGAGAUCAUAUCUCCAGCAAAAAGAAAGAAGAGAAGUAGCAAUCUGUUCCCUAAAUAUUAUAGUUACUUAAUGAGUAUAUCUCGCAGCGAUUUAAUGAAGAGAAAGUCGAACACAUCUUGGCGAUUCCUCAUCGAUGGCGACGAUUCAGGACGGUCGACACUUCUUGGUACCACAAAAUCUGAUUCAGGACGGUCGACACUUCUUGGUACCACAAAGUCUGAUUCAGGACGGUCGACACUUCUUGGUACCACAAAGUCUGAUUCAGGGAGAUUGACCCUUCCUGGCAGCACAAAGGCUGAGAAAAAGAGUCUGUCCCGUAGCUCAGUCGCCAUUCAGCCAAUAAGGGUGGGCUCCUACAAAGGAACUAUAGUAUCUGUCAAAAUACUCACUAGAAAAAGCCUGGACAUGAACAGGUCCCUAAAGAAGCAACUGUACAUCAGGAAGGAAUUAACCCAUGAUAACAUUAACAGAUUCAUUGGGGUUUGUGUGGAAUCCCCUCAUCUAUAUAUAGUAACACAGUACUGUACCAGGGGAAGUCUCAAGGAUAUAAUGAAAAAUGAAGAUCUCCAUUUAGACGACAUGUUCAUUGCAUCACUCGUGGCAGAUUUAGUCAAAGGAAUGAUCUUCAUUCAUGAAAGUGAAAUUGGUUACCAUGGAAACUUGAAGUCCUCCACUUGUUUGGUAGAUAGUCGCUGGGUCCUUCAGAUCGCAGAUUUUGGGUUACAUCAGCUGAUUAGUAAAGAUAGCCACACCAAAAGUGAAACAGAAAGUUAUUACGAAGAAUUGUUAUGGACCGCACCUGAGGUGCUGAGAACUAAAACCGCUUGCCCGUAUGGUACCCAGAAAGGGGAUACUUACUCAUUUGCCAUCAUUCUAUAUGAAAUCCAUAGUCAGGACGGUCCGUGGGGAAAUUUAAAGUACUCCCCUUCAGAAAUCGUCCAUCGAGUGAGCUGUGAUGUGGAUGACGUCCCAUUCCGUCCUGAUCUUAGCCGACUAUCCUGUGAAGACUUUAUUAAACAGUGUAUUGCGGAAUGCUGGCAUGAAACCCCGGACUUCAGACCAGAUUUCAAAUACAUCAGAUACCGCCUAAAGCCGAUGCAACAGGGCUUGAAACCAAAUAUAUUUGAUAACAUGCUGGCCAUCAUGGAGAAGUAUGCAAACAAUCUCGAAGCUCUGGUUGCUGAGCGAACUGAGCAGCUGUCGGAAGAAAAACAGAUGACUGAAAAUCUCUUGUACAGAAUGUUACCAAGACCAAUUGCCAAUAAACUGAAGAGAGGCCAAUACGUGAAUCCGGAGAGCUACGAUUGUGUGACGAUGUACUUCAGCGACAUCGUGGGCUUUACCGCUUUGUCGGCAGAGAGCACGCCCAUGCAGGUGAUCGACAUGCUGAAUGAACUGUACACGUGUUUCGACUCCAUCAUUGCCCAUUAUGACGUAUACAAGGUGGAGACUAUCGGUGACGCCUACUUGGUUGUCAGUGGACUUCCGAUUCGUAACGACGACAACCACGCAGGGGAGAUUGCUUCCAUGUCACUCAAACUGUUGUCCGCCAUAUUAUCUUUUAAAAUCAAACACAGGCCAAACGAUACGCUAAAAUUACGUAUUGGCAUACAUUCAGGUCCAGUAGUAGCAGGUGUUGUGGGUUUGCGCAUGCCCCGUUACACGUUAUUCGGAGACACAGUGAACACCGCAUCUCGAAUGGAGACAAAUGGAUUACCUUUGAAAAUCCACUGCAGCAGCCAGUUCAAGGUCAUUCUGGAUAAGUUAGGAGGGUACACUUUAUCAGAGAGGGGAUAUGUCAGCAUGAAGGGAAAAGGAGACCAGUUCACGUACUUCUUGGAGUCGGAAGAUGAAUCACAUCGAACAAAACGAUUAGGAUCAUUACAAAAAGACUACAGUGUCUCCAGGAAACCACAAAGAACAGUAGCUGGUUGUCGUAAAUGCAGCGGACAGCUGAGCGAGCCUGACUCGAUUAAGAAUGUGUUCGACAAGUGUAAUGGGUACUCUGACUACUGCAGUGAAUGUCUCAGGAAUAGUUUUCCAAUGUUCAUGUCCGAUCACGUGCAGAGCUCUGAAUGCAGUAGCGGUCUGUAUGAAGACGAUUUCCGACAGAACUUGGAAAACAACAAUACUCGACCUCAUUCCAAUACUUGUGGAUUUUGGCAGGAAAAUGAAGUUCGAAUGCCAUUGAUGAACAAUAGCGGUGACUUGGAAUUCUAUGGACCCGAGGCUCUAUCACGUGAAAGUGUAUUAUGAUGCCAAGGAAUAUUCAAUAAUUUGUUUUACGAUUUCCCCAGAUUCAUAAAGGCGAAUACACAACGUCGAAAAUAAUUUAUCUUGGGUUGAUACAUGUCUAUUUUAUCAUAAUUUCUACAUCAAGGCACCAUUGUAAUAUGAGCAGUGCUUGCAGUAUGUUUUGCUGUAUAAGAUGGAGAUAAAGUUGUCUGUGAUAAAGAGUUGUAAUAGAA